AUGUUUAAAAUUUUUGGAUCAAAAGCACAAACUUUUAAACCUAAAAAAUCAAUUAAAAAAGGAACAAAACAAUAUGAAUUGCACCAAAAAAUAAAAGAGACAUUAGGAUCAGGUGAUUUAACUGAUGCAAUUAAAUUACCACCUGAUGAAACAUUAUUUGAAUGGCUAUCAGUAAAUACUAUAGAUUUUUUUAAUCAAUCAAAUUUAUUAUAUGGAUCAAUUACUGAAUUUUGUACACCAAAAUAUUGCCCAUCAAUGUCAGCAGGACCACAAUAUGAAUUCCUUUGGGCAGAUGGUAAAGAAAUUAAAAAACCAAUUAGAGUUUCUGCACCAGCAUAUGUUGAUUAUUUAAUGACAUGGAUUCAGGUACAAUUAGAUGAUGAAGAUAUAUUUCCAACUAAACCAACAGAAGAUAUGCCAAAGAAUUUUUUACCAACAAUUAAAGCAAUUUUUAAACGUUUAUUUAGGGUUUAUGCACACAUAUAUUAUUCACAUAUGGAUAGAGUAUCAGUUUUGGGUGUUGAAGCUCAUUUAAAUACAGCAUUCCGUCAUUUUUAUUUAUUUAUUAAAGAAUUUAAUUUAGUUGAUAAAAAAGAAAUGUUACCAUUACAAAAUAUUAUUGAUAAAAUUAAUGCGAGAAAAGAUAUUUAA